AUGCAAAUACAUCAACUUAGAUGGAGAUUUCAGUGGAGCAAGAUAGUAUGGUUCUCACAAGGAGUUCCGAGAUAUGCUUUUAUCACCUGGCUUGCAAUUCGUGAUAGACUGUCGACAGGCCACCGUACAAGCCAGUGGGGUCAACCGCAAAGAUGUCUUUACUGUGGUGAGCCAGAUGAGACGAGAGACCAUCUCUUCUUUGCUUGCCCAUUUACAUUUACUCUCUGGCUGAAGGUUGUUGGAAAUCUGUUUGGUAUCGACCCCGACCCGGACUGGGACACCACGCUUGAGCGUCUGCAGAAUGGAACGUAUGACCGGCUCACGUUCAUACUCCUGCGACUUGUCUUUCAGGUUUCCGUUUACUUCAUCUGGAUAGAGCGAAAUGAUAGGAAGCAUAGUAACCGAGCAAAGUCUGUGGAGCAACUAGCAAAGCUGAUUGAUAAGGCAGUCCGGAACAGGUUAUCAUCUACCCAUUAUUUCCUCAAGCCGAAGCUGAAAGGAAUUAUGUGCAGAUGGUUUGAAGCUCAUCCCCACCGCGAGUGA